GGAUGUGGUUAAAACAAUAUUUUCGGCUGUAAUGGAUUGGAAAACCGUCUUUCUUUCAUGUCUGGUGUUAAUUACACACCGAGUCUGUUCGAGUGAACUGUCAUCACCACAGAAUCUGAAAAUCAGAUUAUCGGUGUUCACAUGGAAGUUUUCUGGAAAUGACAGUAAUGUGAUGUACACAGUUCAAUACAACACGUCAUCAGGAGCCUGGCAAACCGUGUGUGACUGCAAGCAUCGGUCGUUUGACUUCAGCUCUGCUGCUGAGGAUUUUUAUGGGAAGCACUUUCGUGUGCGUGCAGAAAGAGAAAACCAGACAUCAGCCUGGCGAGUGUCUGAACAGGUCCAGUGUGCACACAAUAAUGUAUGUAGCCCUCAGAUAACUUUGAAGGUGGAAACGGACCGGGUGCUAUUGUGGGUGCAAGACAGAGACAAGAGUCUAGGGGAAGAGCAUGGAAGUCACUUAAUGUUGAGAGGUCUAUACUGGAAAACAAGUAGCCCAGAUAAUAUACAGGAGCAUGAUUUCGGCCCCAACCCCUUGGUUCUUGAGGACCUUGAGGCAGGACAGGAGUACUGUUUCCAGGUCAAAUACUUGGCUUUUCAGAAACCUUACGGAAAACCUAGUCGUAAAUUAUGCGAACUGAUCCCUGAAAGUUCGGGUCAAAGAACACUGCGCAUUAUCCUGUUAGGUGUGCUAACUGUUGGUGGAUUGGCCAUGCUGGGAUGCUGUAUAUAUUAUGUUUACAUACAUUACAGACGGAUUAAAAUACUGCUUCGUCCACCUCUGGACAUUCCUGUGCAUUUUAAAGAGUUUCUUUUUAUGGAAUCCUACGAGCACCCGAUUUCUCCUUCUUCUAGCCACGUGCAAGAAUCAUUUGACUUCGUAACUGUGGUGCAAGAAGUUGGACAAGAAGAGGGCAGCCGGGAUGCAGGGGAAUCUUCAGCCCCUGUGCUUCGCUGAAUGAACAAAGCACAUAAUACUUUAUUCAUCGUUAUGCUCACGUUUGUUAUUUUAUAUGUUUACACAUUGUUUGACUGAUGUGCUUGUGAACAGUUUGCUUCUUAACCUUCUCUUUUUUACCUACAGCCCCAAACUAAUUCAAGUGGAAUACUUGAACUUGAUGUGACUGUUUAGAAAAUAGAACUGUGAAGUUUCAUGAUUUAUGAGGAACACUUUCCAUGUGUUUGAGUGAGCCAAACUCGUUAUUUCAUUAUGAGUACAGUUGUCUUUCUAGCUGGAUAGGUUGGGGUAAAGAGAAAAGAGAAACGUGUGAGAACUUUAUCUAAUAUUUAGUGGAAAUUUCCAUUGUUAGGAGAGGCGACGAUGAGGUGCACUUUGACACUUUAAGAACUACUUUUGAGCAUUAACUACUAGACCCACAAUCUGAAUCAGGUAGCUGUGUACAUGUACAAUCCACUAUUGUCAUUUUCAGUAUAGAUUUACAUUUUUGGCAAACAGUGGAUGUUUUUUUACACUCCAAGAAAUUAAGGAUUAAGGGCAUCGCUCAAGAAUACAAACGUGGCAACCUGGCAGUGAUGGGGCUAGAACCAGCAAGGUUCCGAUUGCUAGUCCAGAACCAGUAUAGCAGGACAUCUGAUGUGUACAAAUCUCUGAUUAUUUGUAAUGAAGAUUGUAAGUGCCAUAUAAUCGUGAGGUAGCACGUUCAGUCACUCUGUUUGCUUGUUUUUAUAGCAAACAUUUACACUUUUUAGUACAGUAUUUACCAUUUAACCAGUAAUUAAUCAAAUUAAUGUUGUGAUGUUGUUUCACAGGAACUUAACUGGUAUGCUACUUCUAUAAAACACUAAGUGACAGUUUAAUGUCUUGUAGCAUAUUACAAUAGACAUGCUGCUCCUGUUAAAACCCUUUUUUUGUUUUAAAGAAGAGCAAAUAACAUUGGAAUGGCAGUGGUUUUGCUUUGUCAGGUUUCUGUAUUGUGUUAUGCAAGUAUGUAGUUAGCUUAUAGUUCUCCAUACAGCAAGUUACUUAAUUUAGAACCACUGAGUGUGUAAAUACAUGUAAAUAUUUUAAGAAAACAAAAGCUCAUAGCUGCCUUAGUCUGGUGUCCAAACCAAAAUGAAUUAAUAAAUUUUGGUUUAUUUUAGCUUACUGCUUUUGUUGUUGGACUUUGAGAUGCUGUAAACCCAGCUCGUCUGCAUUCAGCCAGACCGAUUCAUUUAAGCAAGUCUUUGCUUUGAUUGAUUGAGGGAAUGACAAUGCAGCUUUGCUGACCCUUUGUAUAUCAGAAUCACAACAAGAAGCAGACUUUAUCGGCUAGGUGUGUUUGCAUGUACAAAGAAUUUGUCUUCAAGUACACAGUAGCUUAUAGAACACCAUAGAUAACUAUAAAGUACAUUAAUUCCACUAUUCAUACACACUAAUACCUGUACUCUUUCCUUCAUGCAUAUAUAGUGAAAACAGUGUAAAAUAGAAUAAUGCAAUAAAUAAGAGAGAUUACAGUUGCAGUGCUGGAACUAUUCAACAUUGCUCAUUUAAAAAUUAAGCUUUAAGUGUUAUGUAAUAGAAAAUGCUUUAUUCUUCAUAAGUGCCUGGUAAAACGAAGUAGCUGAUACAGGUAAUGUGUUAGUUAGUUUUUUUCUGCAUUUUGCCCAUUACUGGAAGCGUAGUGGAAGGGUAGUGUUGUUCCAUAUAAGAUUGAAUGCCACUAUAAUAACCCAUAUAACUUUAAAUGUCUUCUGUUUUAGGCUUUGUGAAUAAUAUUUCAGUCAUUUGUUAUUUCAUUUUAUUUGGUACAUUUCAUUGAUGUUUUUCUUUAAUAUUGAUGUCUUUUAAAUUGUCAGUGCACGCUAAUUCACUGUUAAAUGCCAUGAACUAUGGAUUGAGCAUACUGAGCCUCAUUUGUACAGCUUCAUUUGUACUCUUUUUAAGUCAUGUUUUUAAAAUGAAUUAAAUCCACUAAAGUA